AUGGGAGAUUUAACUGCACAUCGUGAAAGAGCCAGUCAGUUCAUCUAGGGGGCUAAGACCUUAGAAAACGAGGAAAAGUGGCAAGAGGCUUUUGACAAUUAUAUGAAGGCACUUGAAAUCUUCAACCAUUUGAUUAAAUACGAGAAGAAUCCAAAGCUAAAUGAGAAGUACAGAUUGUUUGCCUCGGACUACAUUAACAGGGCAACACAGAUAAAGUAGACUCAUCUCAAAAGAGAAGAAGAAAAGUAACCAGAACCUAAGCAGAAUAAUACUGGAGGAGGUGGCGGAAGUGGAGGCCCUAAAAAUAAUAAUAAUGGAGGUGGCAAUAGUGGUGGUGGAUCUGGUGGUGGUAACGGCCACAAUGAUGAGAAUAAUAAAGAGGAGGAGAAGUUGCAGGAUGCUCUAUCAUCUGCUAUAGUAAGAGAAAAGCCUAAUGUGAAGUGGACUGAUGUUGCUGGUCUUGACUAGGCUAAGUCAUCUCUAUAGGAAGCUGUCAUUCUGCCGACUAGGUUCCCUUAACUUUUUACAGGUGAAAGGAAACCUUGGAGAGGUAUCUUACUCUAUGGGCCUCCAGGUACUGGAAAAUCUUACUUAGCAAAAGCUUGUGCUACUGAAGCAGACGGCACAUUCUUCAGUAUUUCAAGUUCCGAUCUCGUCAGCAAGUGGCUGGGAGAAUCUGAGAGACUUGUAAAGCAGCUGUUCAAGCUUGCUAGGGAAAAUAAGCCAGCUAUUAUCUUUAUUGAUGAGGUAGACUCCCUCUGUGGAAGCAGAAGUGAAGGAGAGAAUGAGACUUCCAGAAGAAUUAAAACUGAAUUCUUGGUUCAAAUGUAGGGAGUUGGUAAUGAUAAUGAUGGUAUUUUGGUGCUCGGUGCUUCAAACGUCCCUUGGGAACUAGACCCAGCUAUCCGUAGAAGAUUUGAGAAGAGAAUCUACAUCCCUCUUCCAGAUAUUCAUGCCAGAGCUACUCAAUUCAAGAUAAGAAUAGGCAAAACUCCAAAUGAUCUUACCGAGGAUGAUUUUAUAGAAUUAGCCAGAGCCACAGAAGGCUAUUCAGGCUCUGAUAUUACUGUAGUAGUAAAGGAAGCUAUGAUGCUGCCCAUUAGAAAAUGCCAAAGUGCCACCAAGUUCAAGCUGACUCCAGAAGGUUUCUAUGUACCAACAUACCCAACUGAUCCAAUGGGAGUAGAAAUGAAUUUGCACACUAUGGCAGAUCCCUCUAAGCUAAGAGCUCCAGAACUUAUGACCGAAGAUUUCUUCCAAGCCUUGGCCAGAAUCAGGCCUUCAGUUGCACAAGCAGACCUUGAAAGAUAAGUUUAAUUCACAACAGAUUUCGGUCAAGACGGAUGA